AUGAAAGCUUUAUUUGCGGCGGCCGCCACCGGAUUUGCCUCUUCAUUUUGUUAUAAUCGAGAGCUUGCGACCUGUUCAGCUGCAAAGAGUCCAUUUUCUACCACAGAGUUUCGUCCGUUUACAUUAAUGAAUUUUUAUGAUGAAUCACACAAUACAAGAGUUUUUCGUUUUGCUCUUCCAGAAGCUGAUAUGCCCUUGAAUCUGGAAGUUUCUUCCUGUAUCACAGCGAAGUAUACUGGAAAGAAUGGAGAGGCGGUUAUUCGUCCCUAUACACCAAUUAAUAAGAGUGAUCAACGCGGCUAUUUUGAAAUUCUUGUGAAACGCUACGAUAACUCCAAGAUGACAACACACCUUUUUUCUCUGAAGAAAGGUGACACUUUGGAAUUUAAAGGACCAUGGGUAAAGAUUCCGAUUAAGGCGAACCAAUACAGGCAUAUUGGCAUGAUUGCAGGAGGGACAGGAAUUACUCCAAUGUAUCAGGUGGCCCGUAAUGUCUUGCGUGUGCCUAAGAACACGACGGCCAUUUCUCUGAUUUAUGCUAAUACUCGCAAGGAGGAUGUUCUUUUGGGAAAUGAACUCAAUGAGCUUAUGGAAACGUGUCCUCUCUUUUCACCUUACUAUGUUCUUUCCCAGGCUCCUUCGGAUUGGAUGGGAGGUGUAGGAUAUGUGAACAAGGAGAUGAUUAAAUCGGUCAUGCCGCCACCAAGCAGUGCAGCUGAUUCCAUAAUCCUUGUAUGCGGACCGCCCCCUUUUAUGGAGGCUAUUUCAGGCGACAAGGACUUUAAGACUAGUCCACCCUCUCAAGGUGAGCUGAAAGGCAUGCUUAAAGAACUUGGUUACAUGCAGAAGAUGGUUUUCAAGUUCUGA